AUGGAUUUCCUCACUCUUUUUUGCACCGCCUCUCUUUUAGUCGGGGGCCUUUACUGGUUUGUCUGCAUCCUCGGCUCUGCCGAACAGAAGGGCAAGCGUGCCGUCCAACUCUCUGGUGGUUCCAUCGCCAAGGAAAAGGUCCAGGACAAUUACGACCAGUACUGGUCCUUUUUCCGCCGUCCCAAAGAAAUUGAGAAAGCCGAGAAUGUGCCUGCCUUCGUGGACACAUUUUACAAUCUGGUGACUGAUAUUUAUGAAUGGGGUUGGGGUCAAUCUUUCCAUUUCUCUCCUUCGAUUCCUGGUAAAUCUCACCGCGAGGCGACCCGUAUCCACGAGGAGAUGGCCGUGGAUCUCUUGGAUUUGAAGCCGGGUGCUCGUAUUCUCGAUGCAGGUUGCGGUGUAGGUGGCCCGAUGCGGGCGAUUGCAGCCCAUUCGGGGGCUAAUGUAGUCGGAAUCACUAUCAACGAAUAUCAAGUAAAUCGGGCCCGGACGCACAACAAAAAGGCCGGGCUUGACAAACAAUGCGAGGUUGUCUGUGGUAAUUUCCUCCAGAUGCCCUUCGAUGAUAACAGUUUUGACGGAGCCUAUUCAAUUGAAGCCACUUGCCAUGCACCAAAAUUGGAAGAAGUGUACAGCGAGAUCUAUCGGGUUUUAAAGCCCGGAUCCUUGUAUGUCUCCUAUGAAUGGGUGACCACAGAAUUGUACCGAGGGGAUGACCAAGAGCACGUGGAGGUGAUCCAGGGGAUUGAGAGAGGCGAUGCACUACCAGGACUGAGGAGUUACAAAGACAUUGCAGAGGUUGCGAAAAAAGUGGGAUUUGAAGUGAUAAAAGAGAAGGAUUUGGCCAAGCCACCUGCAAAUCCAUGGUGGAGCAGACUUAAAAUGGGGAGGAUUGCUUACUGGAGGAAUCACAUUUUAGUGACAAUUCUUGCUUGGGUUGGUAUUGCUCCGAAGGGUGUUGUUGACGUCCACGAAAUGCUUUUUGUCACUGCGGAUUACCUGACUAGAGGCGACAUAUGUACGGCUACAGAACCGAACACUAAAAAGUUUGCAUGCCAUGAAUCUGGUUUUUGUGUCUACCACGUGCCUGCCUGCCCGAAAAAUCAAUUUUCAAGUUCAGAGAGUGAAUCUUGUACCUACCCGAGCAGACCAGGGUCACGAGAUGAAUCGUAUGAUUAA